AUGUGUGGCUUUGAUGGCAUCGUGGUAAGACGUUGGGACUACCAGCCAGUUGUCUAUGUAAGGAAAUAUGUUGAUACCUUGAAGUCGAAGGCCGGUGAAAGGGCUGGUGGUGCUGUUGUUGCUGGUUCCGAAAGGGCGGAGGUGCAGAGGUUGAAGGUCCCUGAAAGGGUCUUUCGGAUGAUUGGGGUUUAUAUUGGCGAUAUGGGUGAAAUUGUUGAGUCUAGGGAUCUAGUCGAGGUCUUCGAUGUCGAUGACUUCGAUUUUGAUGUGAACUUUAACUUCUCUUUGGAAUGGGGAGAAGGAGUCACGGAGCUGGAAGCAGUUCCUUUCAUAGCAAAUAAUGAAGAUGAAGUAGAGGGGCUCUUUCUUCCUGUGGGAGUAGAUCUUCAGCAGAUAACUAUACUGCCCAAAGCAGAAUGGCAAAGGAUUCAAGACAGCCUCACUGCCACAGCCAGAGAAGCAGCACGGAUUCGUGCAGAAAGGAAAGCGCAGAAAGAUCUGCACUUGAAGUCUCAAGCGCUGGUGAAGAAUUGGACCAACACUAUUGCAGGAAUGUCACAAGCAAAACUGAAAGGGAAAAAAGUGCGACAAGAGAGAGGAGAAGAAGAAAAAAGAAAGGUUGACCUUGAAGAAGCAAAAUACCAAGCACAGAAGCGAAAAGAGCAAAUAGAACAAGCUAAAAUCCAACAGUACUAUCAAAAUGAAAGAGUUAAAAGAUUCAAUAGAGCCCUCUUACUUACUGAAGUCUUGAAAGAAAGAGAUGCUCAGAUUGAAUUUAAAAAGAACAGCAAACAUCUAUACCGCAAGAAAGAAGAAGAAAUAGAGCGUGAGCAUCAAAAAGCUAUACAGAUAGAGGAGGAAAAAGCAAAAGAGCGUCAUAUGAAGAGACUGCAGCUUAGCAAAGAUCAACUAGAACAGAUAAAAGAGCAUGAACAUUUAGCAGAACUGAGCAGGCUAGAAGAGAAAAAAGAAAGGGAAAACAUUCAGGCAUUGGCUAAGUUACACCAAAUGGAAAUGUUGAAAAAGGAGCAAGAGGAAUAUGAACAGAAAUUUAAGCGUAAGCGGGAACAUCAGGCACAUGUUGCUGAUCAGGUAAUUCUUAGAGCUAUAGAAAAACAAAAACAAGAAGAAGAGGAUGAUAAAAUCCGAGCACAUUAUAAAGCAAAACAAGCUAUGAUUAAAUUGAGAAAAGCAAAAGAAGAAGAAAUGCUUAGGUUAAUGGAGGAACAGAGAGAGAAUAUUAGCAAUCGUCUGCUUAAAUACAUGAAAAAGAAAGUGGAUGAUGAAGACGAGCGCAUUGCCAGAGAAGUUGCAGAGACAGAAGAAGAGCUUGAGAAAGAACGCAAAGCAAAAGAAGAAAAGAAUAAAGCUGAUUUAGAAUCCAUCAGAGACCACAGAAUUGGUGUGAUAAAAAUGAAGGAAGAGAAAGAGAAAGAGAGGAAACUUGAAGCUCAGCAAAUACUUCGUGGACAGUUGGAAGCAGACAGGAUCUAUCAAGAGAUGGAGAAAGAUAAGAAACAUAGAAAUCAUUGUGCAAACUUAAAAUUGCAAGAAGUCCAUGUCAUGCAAAUAGCUGAAAAGUUUGAAAGACAAAAGCGUGAGAAGCAAGAGGACUUGGAAUAUGCUAGACAAAAAGAACAUAUUGCAUUGUGGAAGGAGCAGGAAUUCCAGGAGUAUGCAAAGAAAGUGAUUGAUGAUACAUCCAAGACCACUCGGAAUCUUUACCCUCUUAUUAGAGCAGCAAAUGAAGGCAGUCUUGGUAGUACUGGACUAGUUCAAAGAGAGAGGCUUCAGUCCUGUGACAAGCAUGACACUAAGCUACCCUAUAUAGGUGACACAGCUCAAGAGAUGAAACUCUUGAAUGAACAUGGAUAUAAUCAUACUAAGGCACGAUUAGGUUUUACAUGGUAAAAAAAGGAUUCUGAAUCUUUAAAAGAAUGCAUUAUGGAAGAAUAAGAAAUUAGCAAAUUGUUGAUACUAUAGUGAAGAUUGUGUCUAAAUAUGUUUGUACAAAAAUUUCAAGAACUGUUUAUUAAAUGAUGUGUAGUAUUUUCAAGCAGUGUAAAUCUUUACUUUCCCUAAUUACCAGGUUUGAAAAAUAGAAAAAGAUCUGUAGUGAUAUUUUGAAAAACCAGUUUAGAAAUUAUGAAUUUCUGCUGCUGUAUUUACACCUAAUUCUACUCUUCACCAUCAUCUUAGAACUGCA